CGUGGGAUAGCGCCUCAAACCGGAAGUCCUUCCGGGGGAGAUUCUCCUCUUCCACACGUGGUGGUGGUGGGGUCUUCAGAAGGCAGAUUGACUUCCCCCGCGACGGCGGAAAAUGAGGGUGAAGGUUCUGAGCAGGAACCCGGACGACUAUGUGCGCGAAACCAAGCAGGACCUUCAGCGGGUUCCACGAAAUUACGAUCCUGCGUUACAUCCAUUUGAAAUUCCACGGGAAUACACAAGGGCACUAAAUGCAACUAAAUUAGAUCGCAUAUUUGCAAAACCUUUCCUUGCAUCGUUAGAUGGUCAUCGAGAUGGAGUUAAUUGCAUGGCUAAACAUCCGGAGAGCUUGUCUACAGUUCUGUCUGGAGCAUGUGAUGGAGAGGUUAGAAUCUGGAACCUGAUGAAGCGCGUAUGCACCCGUACAUUGCAAGCACAUGAGGGCUUUGUAAGAGGAAUGUGUACCCGUUUUUGUGGCACCUCUUUCUUCACUGUGGGUGAUGAUAAAACAGUGAAGCACUGGAAAAUGGAGGCACCAGCUUAUGGGGAAGCAGAAGAACCAAUAAAUACCAUUCUUGGAAAGACAGUGUACACUGGAAUUGAUCAUCAUUGGAAGAAACCUAUAUUUGCUACUUGUGGUCAUCAGGUUGAUAUCUGGGAUGAACAGAGAACUAGUCCUAUAUGUUCUUUGACUUGGGGAGUCGAUAGCAUAAACAGUGUUAAAUUCAAUCCAAUUGAGAUGAAUCUUUUGGGAAGCUGUACUUCAGACAGAAAUAUUGUGCUGUAUGAUAUGAGACAAUCAACUGCCCUAAAGAAGGUCAUUUUGGAUAUGAGAACAAAUACACUUUGCUGGAAUCCUAUGGAAGCUUUCAUUUUCACUGCAGCAAAUGAGGAUUACAACUUAUAUACUUUUGAUAUGCGGUUCCUUGGCAAGGCUUUAAUGGUUCAUAUGGACCAUGUGUCUGCAGUCCUGGAUGUGGAUUACUCCCCCACAGGAAAAGAAUUUGUGUCUGCCAGCUUUGAUAAAUCUAUUCGCAUUUUUCCUGCAGAUAAAGGUCAUAGCAGGGAGAUCUAUCAUACAAAGAGAAUGCAACAUGUCAUCACUGUCAAAUGGACAUCAGACAAUAAAUACAUAUUGUGUGGCUCUGAUGAAAUGAACAUUCGUUUGUGGAAAGCAAAUGCUUCUGAAAAGCUGGGUGUGCUUACUCCCCGAGAGAGAGCUGCUAUUAACUAUAAUCAGAAAUUGAAAGAAAAAUUCCAGCAUCAUCCCCAGAUCAAGCGCAUAAAUCGCCAUCGUCACUUACCAAAGAUGAUCUAUAGUCAAGCCAAAGAGCUACGCAUCAUGAAAGAAGCUCGUCGGCGAAAGGAACUGAACCGUCGUAAACAUAGCAAGCCUGGAUCUAUACCACUUGUGUCAGAAAAGCAGAAACACAUUAUGGCUGUAGUAAAAUAAACAUAUAAAAUUA